CCUCGAGCCCCCUUGCCAGCAUCGGAGCAUUUCUCCAAGGGCAGACUGCUUCUGGUCUUCUGCUCCCUGGCUAUGGUUGUCUUUGUCGGCGCAAUGGACACUGUCGCCAUGACAGUAGCACUGCCGAGCAUCACGCACGACUUUCACGGAUCCAACUCCCUCUACGCCUGGAUCCCUUCCUCGUACCUACUCGCACAAUGUGUCACCGUACCCAUCUGGGGCCGCUUCAGCGACGUCUGGGGCCGCAAGCCUCUGUUGCUGGCAGCCAGCGCACUUGCUUUUGUAGCCAGCCUGGUUACUGCGCUUGCCAUCAACUCUCCUAUGCUGGUCGUUGCAAGAACGCUGCACGGUGUCGGAACUGGCGGUUCGCUCGUACUUGCGAACAUCUGCGUGGCAGAUUUGUAUGACUUCAAGCGCAGGGCCAAGUAUCUCGGGCUAUUGGGGGCUGUAUGGGCUACUGCUGUAGCUUUUGCGCCGCUGAUCGCUGGUGCUCUGAACCAGAGACUAUCGUGGCGGUGGAUAUUUUGGAUCAAUUUGCCAUGUAUUGCAGCAGCGUUCCUAUCCAUCGCUCUUUGCCUCCAGACAAAGAACAAGAAAGUUCCCUUUGUCGCGGGUGUUCGGACCAUCGACUGGCCUGGCAUCGCUCUGAUCAGCGCUGGUGCCACGCUCUUUCUUGUUGGCCUACAAUCCGGUGGAACUAUGACGCCAUGGUCCUCUGCCUUGCCCAUCACCCUCAUCGUCCUGGGGACCUUAUGCCUCAUCGCCUUCGGCCUCGUGCAAUGGCGCGUCUCUGCCAGGCCUCUGGUACCGCCUUCUAUCUUCACGCAGCGCUCCAACGCCGCUGCCCUCCUGGUCUGCUUUUGUCAAAGCCUUGCCUUUAUCGCCACCGCCUUCUACAUCCCACUCUACUUUCAAGCCAUCCUCGGUGCAACCUCGCUGCAGUCCGGCAUUUGGUUCCUGCCCCUUGCGAUCCCCUUCAGCGUCUUCUGCGUCGGAACGGGAGCUUUCAUCAAGCGCACGGGGCAUUAUGUGAGCGUGAUCCGCAUCGGACUGGCCGCAAUGACUCUAGGCUGCGCCCUCUUCACUACCUUUGCCGACGUGCAAGACUGGUGGCGCAUCGUCUGCUUCCAGAUUAUCGCCGCCGUCGGUAUCGGCCUUAAUUUUUACGCUCCACUGCUGGCUCUGCAAGCCCACCUGGAGCCGGCAGUCGUGGCAGCAGGCACAUCGGCCUUUCAGUUCGUGCGCAUGCUUGCCAAUUCCGUGAGUCUCGUGAUUGGCCAGAGUAUACUGCAAAAUGCGCUGGGUUCCCAGAGUGGCGCGUUGCGUGCAGCAGGUAUCCCCGACGCUCUGAUCUCGCACCUGUCUGGGGGAGACACGGUCUCCGUGGCAGAGGAGAUUACCACAGGUCAGACAUGGGGAUUGAGCGCGGCUCAAGCGGCUAGCGUGUUGUCAGCGGUCAACUUUGGCUUCCAGCGCAUGUGGAUCUUUUACGCCGCCGUCUCGGGUUUUGCUUUGUUAUCGAGCAUGGCUAUUAGCCAUGCGAAGCAGCCCAAACCGGCGCCACCAGCGACAACAUGAGCCAAUGUCUGUUCCGUGUGGGUGUAGCGGGUCGGAGGCGUUUACCGAUGUGGAAAAAGGUGGCGAAGUCGGCCGGAACGGUGUAACAAUAGGUGUAUCCCACAGGCUGACACGUACCUGGGUAUAUACGUAUAUUUAUAAAGGUUCUUCCUC